AUGUCACUCUUGCGCCACAAAAUCCCUCAUCCUGAGGAGGCGAGGAGGCAGAGCGAAGGACGUCGACCUCUUACCGCCACAAAUCCUCAUCCUGGAGAAGCCGAGGAGGCGAGGAGGCGAGCGAAGAAUGUCGACCUCUUGACGCCACAAAUCCUCAUGCAGGAGGAGGCGAGGAGGCGAGCGAAGGACGUCGACCUCUUGACGCCACAAAUCCUCAUGCAGGAGAAGCCGAGGAGGCGAGGAGGCGAGCGAAGAAUGUCGACCUCUGGACGCCACAAAUCCUCAUCCUGGAGAAGCCGAGGAGGCGAGGAGGCGACCGAAGGACGUCGACCUCUUGGCGCCACAAAUCCUCAUGCAGGAGAAGCCGAGGAGGCGAGGAGGCGAGCGAAGAAUGUCGACCUCUGGACGCCACAAAUCCUCAUCCUGGAGAAGCCGAGGAGGCGAGGAGGCGAGCGAAGGACGUCGACCUCUCGACUACGGACGAAGAACACCUCGUUGUUCUACUCUCUGUUCUCUGUUCAUCUGGGAGAAACACGAAUCCCAGCCACGGACUCCCCAGCACGAAUCCCAGCCACGGACUCCCCGCAGCAACGAUCCCAGUCACGGAUCCCCAGCCACGGACUCCCAAGCACGGGACUCCCAGCCACGGACUCCCCAGCCACGGACUCCCAGCCACGGACUCCCCAGCCGCGGACUCCCAGUCACGGACUCUCCAGCCACGGACUCCCCAGCCGCGGACUCCAAGCACGGACUCCCCAGCCCAGUCACGGACUCCCCAGCAGCAAUCCCAGCCACGGACUCCCAGCACGGACUCCCCAGCACGCCAGCCACGACUCCCCCAGCCAGCACGGACUCCCCAGCACGGACUCCCAAGCACGGACUCCCCAGCAGAAAUCCCCAGCACGGACUCCCCAGCCAACGGACUCCCCAGCCACGGACUCCCCAGCACGCCAGGACUCCCCACCGGACUCCCAGCUCCCAGCACGGACUCCCCAGCCACGGAUCAGCCAACGGACUCCCAGCCGGACUCCCAGCCACGGACUCCCAGCAGCCACGGACUCCCCAGCACGGCUCCCCACCACGACUCCCCAGCACGGACUCCCCAUCCCAGCCUCGGACUCCCCAACCACGGACUCCCCAGCCACGGACUCCCCAGCACGGACUCCCCAGCCACGGACUCCCCCAGCACGGACCUCCCAACGGACUCCCCAGCCACGAACUCCAACCACGGACUCCCCAGCCACGGGGACUCCCGCACGCCCGCCAACUCCCCAGCCACGGACUCCACGCACCGGACUCCCCAAGCCACGGACUCCCAGCACGACUCCCCAGCACGGACUCCCACCACGGCUCCCAGCACGACUCCCAGCACGACUCCCCAAGCACGGACUCCCCAGCACGGACUCCCAGCGCUCUAACCACGGAUCCCCAGCCAAGCACGGACUCCCCAGCCCCUCCCCAGCACGGACUCCCCAGCCACGACCCCCAGCACGGAUCCCCAUGCCCAGCACGGACUCCCCAGCUCAGCACGGACCCCAGCCACGGACUCCCCAGGACUCCCCAGGGAACUCCCAGCACGGAACUCCCCAGCACGAAUCCCGCCACAGGACUCCCAGCCACGGACUCCCCAGCCCGGACUCCCAGCCACGGGACUCCCCAGCCCGGACGCACGGACUCCCAGCCACGGACUCCCCAGACUCCCUCCCCAGCACGGACUCCCCAGUCCAGGACCCCAGCCACGCGACUCCCCAGCACCGACUCCCAGCACUCCCCACGGACUCCCAGCCCGGACUCCCCAGCACGGACUCCCCCAUCUCCCCAGCCACGGACUCCCCGCUCCCCAGCCACGGACUCCCCAGCACGCUCCCCAGCCAGCCCCAUCCCACCGCGCUGAAAUCCCCCGACGCGCUUCCCCGAGCACCCAGGCCGGCGGCGGCGGCGCUGCUGACGGCGAUUUCUUCGGACUCGACGCUCCCGGAACACGACUUUCACAGUCGCAUUAUGGGAGUUUAUGGCGUGAAAGUCACAUAA